ACCCUAGCCCAAAAAAAAAAAGGCUAGGCACCACCAAACGCAACGUCCCCUGCUGCCUCUGCCUCUAGGUUAAAAGGUGAAAACCCUCUGCUGCUACUGACCGUAAUCUCGCAAGGUGGUUCCAGUUGGUGAUUAUAUUUACAGCAAACUUAUCUGUGGGUAUGAUUAGAUGGAAAAUAACACAGUUAGGGUGGUUUAAUGGACCUUCUUUCACAACAACUUUUACAGGGAAGUUUCGUGUUCCUGUGCUUAAAACCACCGUUAAACUAAACAAUCCGUUCGUCUUGCACCAGUGUUGCAGAACAAUGUCGAAGACCAAUAGAACUUCUUCAGCAAGCCCACUUGUUGUUGUGAAGGAAAACAUCGAUCUAACUGAUAAAGAGAAACAGAUUUUCGAUCGUCUGCUUGACGUUCUUCGUCAUUUCAAUCUUGAAACCAAGCUUCGUGUUGCUGGUGGGUGGGUUCGCGACAAGCUUUUAGGGAAAGAGUGUUAUGAUAUCGAUAUUGCGCUUGAUGAUUUGUUGGGGCGAGAGUUUUGUGAAAAAGUAAACGAGUAUUUGACGUCUACAGGGGAAGAAACCCACGGAAUCGGUGUCAUUCAAAGCAACCCGGAUCAAUCCAAGCAUCUGGAAACCGCAAGGAUGCGCCUUUUCGAUGUUUGGAUUGAUUUUGUGAACUUACGAUCUGAAGAUUAUGCCGAAAACAGCAGAAUUCCAACAAUGCAGUUUGGUUCUGCGGAACAGGAUGCUUAUCGACGAGAUUUGACUAUCAACAGCUUGUUUUACAAUAUCAAUACAUCCUCAGUUGAAGAUUUUACAGGGAGAGGGUUAAGCGAUUUAAAAUCUGGAAAAAUCGUGACGCCUUUACCACCGAAAGAGACGUUUUUAGAUGACCCGUUAAGAGUUCUACGAGCAAUUCGUUUCAGUGCUAGGUUUGAGUUUGAAAUGGAGGAGGAAUUAAAGGUUGCGGCUGCAGAUAACGAUGUGAAAUCCGCAAUUGCUGAUAAAAUUAGCAGAGAACGAAUCGGUCAUGAGGUUGAUCUUAUGGUGAGCGGGAACCAACCGGCUAAAGCAAUGGCUUGUAUAUCCGAUUUAGGGUUACUUUGGGUUGUGUUCACACCACCGAAAGAUUGUGAGCCAUUGAUCUCAGAAGAACAUGAUAAGGUUUGUGUUAGAUAUAUGGAUGCUGCAUGGAGACACAUGAAUGAAGCGGGAUGUAAUUUCAGUGACGAACAACGAAGGUUGUAUUUGUACGCAUCGUUGUUUAUUCCACUUAGGAAAACCGUUUAUAUAGAUAACAAAAAGAAAAGGGUACCCGUUGUGAACUAUAUUAUUAGAAAUUCUCUCAAGUUGAAAGCUAGUGAUGCUGAUGAUAUCAUGAGGCUGCACAACGCGGUGGAGAAGUUUUUGUUGUUGAUUCCUUUCGUGUUGUGCAAAGAAGAUGAGCGAAUCGGUGAAAUCGAUUGGGAAACAGACACUAUCGAUGUUCAUAUGUCGUUGAAGUUAAGAAUCUUGUUGGGUUUGCUUCUUAGGGAAAUUAAAGAUUUUUGGAGGCCCGCGUUAAUGAUUUCUACUCUUUUACAUAACAAUGAUUUGUCGGUUGAGGUUAUUGAGGGGGAAUUGGAUAAAAGACGACAAGUGUUUAGGGAAGUUGAGCAAGAAAUAUUGAAAUUAGGUUUAGAGAAAGUGUGGGAAGUUAAACCUUUGAUUAAUGGUAAGGAAAUAAUGAAGAUUUUGGAGCUUGGAAGAGGAGGUCCGGUUGUUAGCGAAUGGCAACGGAAACUGCUACAGUGGCAGCUCGCUUAUCCUUGUGGAACUGCUGAGGAAUGCGUUGAUUGGAUGACAAGGCAAACACAAUCGAAAAGGGCCAGAACAUAAAGUGACAGACAAUUACAAUCUUGUAGCUAGUUUACAGGCUUAUUUAGACUUCAAUUUGCUUCACUAAAAUGCAUAGCAUCAUAGAUCAUUGUACUGUUAUCGCUUGGACUUGAAUCUUUUUGGUUCGUAGUUUUCUUUGAGGUUUUGAAUGGGAUUGAAAUACAAUGGUUUGUACAAGUUAU